AUGGCCUUACUAGCGUCGUUUUGCGUAGGCUGGUGGGUUACCAAUGCCUUCGUUACUGAUGCCAUCACUGACCUUACUCGCAGCAGCGAUAGCACAUGUCCCAUCUAUGACUAUGUCCGCCCAGAAACUGUCCACUCUACUAUUCUUGAUAAAAUUAUGCGCUCGCUGGUCUUCAGAGAGCAAUCUGCCGCUAAGCUUUCAGGUGCGAUUCAAUUUGAAACCACCACCUUCGAUACUAGCCCUUCUGUGGAGGACAACCCGAAGUACUGGGCUGAAAAGUUCCAGCCUUUCCACGACUACCUUGAGAAUACUUUCCCCCUGGUGUAUGCCCAUUUGAAGGUGGAAAAGGUGCACUCUUGGGGCUUGGUGUACACCUGGCAAGGUACCUCUGAUAAGAAGCCUCUAUUGCUUAUGGCCCACCAGGAUGUGGUUCCUAUCCAAGAAGCGACACUCAAGGAUUGGACCCAUCCACCGUUUGAUGGUGUGUAUGACGGAGAGUUUUUAUGGGGCAGAGGUUCUGCUGAUUGCAAGAACCUUUUACUCGGGAUCCUAGAGUCUAUAGAGGAAUUGAUUAAAAUCGACUUUACUCCCCAGCGCAGUAUUGUGCUUGGGUUUGGCUUCGAUGAGGAGGUUGGUGGGAGAAGAGGUGCUUCAAGUAUCGCUGACCUUUUGACCGAACGGUACGGCCCAGAUUCCUUCUACGCUAUCAUAGACGAAGGAGGAAUCUCUCUUAUUGAACAAGAAGGUCUUACUUUAGCUUUGCCAGGGACUAGCGAAAAAGGUUCGGUGAAUAUCAACAUUGACCUAACCACUCCCGGAGGCCAUUCAUCCGUUCCUCCAGAUCACACCUCAAUUGGUAUCAUGUCGGAGCUUGUGUAUGAGCUUGAGAGCAAAAAAUUUGAGUCAUUCUUCACGCCGAAGAAUCCAAUAUAUUGGGGGUUCCAAUGUAUUGCCACCCAUUCCAAAGGCAUCAAUCCGAGGUUGAAAAGGGAUAUUUUGAAUGCCGGAACUGACCGUAGGGCGAAUAGAAGGGUGAGAGAACACUUAUCACAGGAUAAGCUUACACGUUACCUUAUUCAAACCUCUCAGGCUAUCGACAUUAUCGAGGGAGGCGCCAAGUCCAAUGCCUUGCCUGAGCACGUUUCGUUAGUGGUAAACCACCGUGUGGCUAUCGAAUCGACAGUGGAUGAAACUGUUUCUAAGGAUUUGACCCAGUUGCUUGCUGUUGCUGCGAAGUUCGACCUUGGGGUUUAUGAUAUAACCCAGGCCAGGCAGCUUCGUAACGACACUGCCAGCGGAAGGUUUGAGAUCUUGUAUGACGACCCCUUAGAAGUGGCACCGGUGACUCCUAUCAACGACGAGCACUGGCUGAACCUUGCCGGGGUGAUAAGACAUGUUUAUGAAGAAGUGGCGUACCCUGAAAAGUACGGCGCUGAGAACCCUAUAGUAGUAGCUCCGGGGAUUUCCACAGGUAACACGGACACCAGAUGGUAUUGGGCCUUGACUGAACACGUGUAUCGCUACCGCCCGGGAAUCGCCCAUACAUUACAGACAAAGGCGCACUCAGUAGAUGAACACAUCCCCUUUGAGUCGCAUUUACAGAUCAUUGCGUUCUAUUUCGAAUACUUGCAGGUGGUGGAUGCGCUUGCUUAA